AGAGCUCUGAAGGAUUUCUUCUGUAGGGAGCAAAAUGCGAGACCAUAAUGUGCCCGCCUCCCUCUCCUUUUUGUGCAUUUCCCUGCUCACAAGUGAUGCUGUUGGGCUCCAAGGAGUCUCAUUUAAGCCAAGAGCCGCAGACCCACGGACGGGCAACUCAAAGCCGGGGACUCAAUUACUGCAGUUGUCAACUCUGCCAUUUUAUGUGCACAUUUCUCUUCCAUUAUGAGAAGACCAAUAGUAUUGCACAUUUGUCUGGCUUUCUGUAGCCUUCUACUUCUCAACGGUGCCACACAAUGUUUGGCCUUCCCCAAAAUGGAAAGAAGGGAGAUGGCACAUGGUCAUGAAAAAAGAGGGCAGUCUGAGAGGAUAAAUGUGGAUGACCUAGAAAAUAACUCCAUUGCUUCAAAGGACACUCCCCAACCAGUGGUCUCCAAAGAGCCGAUGAUAGUGUUAUUGGAACCAUUAGCAAUGGCAUUAAAUAAUGCAUCCCCUAUUAACGAAGAAACCCAUUCUAGAGGAGCGGGGCUCCUGCAGCCUCACGGCCCUGGUGUUGACACUGUUACUGAGCCAGGGGUCCCAGCAGGGGAGGAAGUGUUUGGUUCCAGCCAGCUGGAGAGAACGUCUGAAAGCCUGCUUUCCAAGGCCAUUGCAUCCAACCCUAUCACGACAACUGCUGCUCAGAGUAUUGAGAAGGAGGAACACUUCAGUAGCACCAACACUCAGCCCAUUGUAGAAGGGCUCACAGAAGCCACGCAAGGUUUUCUGAAGUAUGUGGGUAAUCAGUUGUUUACAACUGAAAGUCAGGGAGGCAUUAGUCUGGGACACUCACCUUCAUCCUAUGUGAAUACUAAGAAAAUACUAGCCACCAAUCCAAGGACUGAGACAUUGGAAGCAGACACAGAUCAUAGGACAACCUCUUUUCCCGGUGCUGAGCCCAUAGCAGGCACCGAGCCUGGAGGCCUCAUGUCUGAUAGGGAGAAGCCUUCACAGAUGACAGCUGAUAAUACGCAGCCCACUGCCACCAAGCACGGGCUUGCAACCGCCGAGUAUACCCUGAGUGUUGAGCCAGGAACUGACAGCCUGCUGGGAGCCCCAGAAGUCACUGUGAGUGUCAGCACAGCUGUUCCAGAUGCAUCUGUCCUAAGCGAUGAGUGGGAUGACACCAAAUUAGAGCAUGUAAGCCAGAUAAAGACCCUAAAGCCUGGAGACAAUACAGAGACUCAGAUGAGAAUGGAAACGUCUCCGACAGCCCAAGUAAGCGAUAAUGGUGUGGAAGGUAUGGAGGGGGACGGACCUUUGACAGAGGCUGCACAGAUGGGCCUGGGGCUGCCCGAAGGGGAAACACGCACGGAGACAGCCCUGCUUAUAGCCCGUGGGGAUGGGACACCAGCUGCCUUCACCGAUCAUAUUUCCUUUACUCCCACAAGUUCGUUGGAAGAUACGAAAGUCUCUGUUGUAAACCUGUUUGAAAAUACUGUAGACUUCAUGGAAUCCACCAAGGAAAACAAUGCCAUGUUUUUCUCAGCAACCACUGUUUCCAUCUCAGAAUAUGAGUCUGAGGCUUAUCAACCACUGAGAAAUACGUUUAAAGACGCCAUCAGUCAAGAGAUGACGACGGCUGCUCCAGAGGCAGAAGCCACUUUAUCACUGGCGACACAAGAGCAGCAGGUCUCUCCCCUCCAACUUAGCAGAGAAGAUGGUGACACUGAGGAAGGAAAAGAGUCCCCUGCUGCCACGUCUGAUGUUCCCGGCGUUUCUCAGCUGUCGAGAACAUGGGAGCCCCUGGCCACCACCGUUUCAACUACAGCUGUACCUCUGUCUUUCGAAGCCACUACCACUGUGGAAGACCUAAUGGACACAGUAACAGGGCCAAGCGAGGAGUUAUUCACACCAGUUUUGGGCUCUCCAGUGACACCCCCUGGAAUAACGGAGGAGGCGCCCAGCAUCUCCCCAGCGCUCUCCGAUCCUGAGGCAUCCUCUGAGGCAGGAACCAUUGUUCCAUCUGUUGGCCAUGUUAAUAUAGCUACCCCAAAUGGCCUGGACCAACUCGAAUCUGAAGAGGGGGCGGACGGUGAUGACGGCGAGGAGGAAGAUGAGGAGGAAGAUGAGGAGGAGGAGGAGGAGGAGGAAGAUGCCGAGGAGGAUGCCGAGGAGGACGCCGACCCCCUGGACGAAGGCCUGGCGGCCGACGCCGAGCCCCGCGGGCCUGCCCUCCCGGGCGCCCCCUCCCAGGAGCCGGGUGCCCAGCAGGCCCGCCUGCACCUCCUGGAGGGUGCCACCUACCAGGUGCCAGGCGCCCUGGCCUGGGAGGAGCAGAACCAGGGCCUGGUGAGAAGCUGGAUGGAGAAACUAAAAGACAAGGCCGGCUACAUGUCUGGGAUGCUGGUGCCUGUGGGGGUGGGCAUAGCGGGAGCCCUGUUCAUCUUGGGAGCGCUCUACAGCAUUAAGGUGAUGAACCGCAGGAGGAGAAAUGGCUUCAAAAGGCACAAAAGAAAGCAGAGAGAAUUCAACAGCAUGCAAGACCGAGUAAUGCUCUUAGCUGACAGCUCUGAAGAUGAGUUUUGAAUUGGACUGGAAUUUAAUUGAGACAGUCAACCAUGCUAUUAUUUUAUUUUUUAUUUGAGGGCGAAAAAAAAGAACAUCCCGCCACAUUGCCACUGUCAGGCCACCAGUCUUAUUACCUGCCGGGUAGUAGAUUUUUCUUGCACUGAGCAGAAGGCAUGCUGUAUACUAAAUGUAAUAUGCAGUUGUUGGUUUUAAUUCUGUAGUGAAUUUUCCACAACCACAGGCUGCACCUCAUAAAUAUGCAGGGUACAUGUUGUUCAGUAGGAGUUGCUAGGUUAGGUAGAGUAAAUAUUUUGUAUUUUUCCACAGCCUCUUUUCCUUUUUUUGGGUUACCUCCACUAAGCAUAACAAUUAUUGCUACCAAGGCAUGCUUUACUCAGAAAUAGAAAUCUGAACAAAGAAUAACUUGUAAUGACUGUUCUCUACCUACUUGAAACCGUAGGCUUGUGGGCCGUGGUACAUAACACAUUUGCAUCAUCAAAACUAGCAGCAACUCGGAAUGAAGUCUUUUUCGUCAAGAAAAUCGUGAGGAUUAUAUGUAGAUUUGUAUGUAUCUUGCAUUAUGUAUUUCAGUUUUAUUAUUUUUCUGGUUUAUUCUUAUUCUUGGCAAGGAAAAAAAUGCACCAGAAAUAUACAUUAAAUUGACUCUCA